AUGGCCAGCAUUAAAGGUCUCUUACCAUCAGAAACGAAAUACGAUGGCUCUGCACUCAGAAUUGCCAUUGUCCACGCGCGAUGGAAUAGGGAGGUCAUCGAUGCACUGGUAGCAGGUGCAAUCCAGAAGCUGAAGGAGUCUGGCGUCAAGGAGAGCAACAUUGUCGUGCAGUCUGUUCCAGGGAGCUUUGAGCUACCUUUGGCGUGCUCUAGGUUUGUUUCUAGUUUGCUGAUGAUUGCAGGCUCUCACAUCCAACCCGCCUCCAACGAUACUGAUCUCCUUGGAACUCCCGCACCAAUUGCUGCUGUUACCAUGCCCAACGAACCCUUCGAUGCCGUCAUCGCCAUUGGUGUACUGAUCAAGGGAUCUACCAUGCAUUUCGAGUACAUCUGCGACAGCGUUUCGCACGCGCUGAUGAAAAUUCAAGUGGACACUGGCGUUCCGGUCAUCUUCGGCGUGUUGACCGCGCUGACGGAUGACCAAGCUCUGGAGCGAGCAGGUCUCGGGCGAGGAGACAACAAAGGUCACAAUCACGGCGAAGAUUGGGGUCUGGCGGCUGUAGAAAUGGGCUCGCACUGUCGGAGAUGGGGCCAAGGCAAGUUUGCAUAG